AUAAGAUAGAGAUUGGAUAUCCAUGUCAGCAGCUAAGUUUGCCAGCUUCUUCUGGUUGGAAUCAUUUCAAAGAUGACUCAUUGCUUCACUGUAAGCUAUUUUACGCACUUUUCUUCCUUCCGAUUUGGGGUUCACUCGAGAGUAAGAGAGUGAUGUUGCAGUGCAUAUUUCUCGUCUCAGAUGCCGGAGAGUUAAUGCUGGAGAAGCAGCUCACGGGGCACCGCCUGGAUCGCUCCAUUUGUGCCUGGUUCUGGGAACAAACCAUUUCACUAGGCGACUCCUUCAAGCAACAACCAGUGAUUGCCUCUCCCACGCAUUAUAUUUUCCAUGUUUUUCGCGAGGGAAUCACUUUUCUGGGGUGCACGCAAGUUGAAAUGCCACCCUUAAUGGCCAUUGAGGGUAGCUGAUGUCCUCAAUGAUUAUUUUGGGGCAUUGAAUGAAGACAUAGUUAAAGACAACUUUGUCAUUGUGUAUGAGGUACUUAUCUACACAGGAGUUGUAUACCAUACCCCACAACUCCAUGAUAUGCAAUACAUGUUUACAGCACUGUGAAAGGUGAGACAAUUAAGAUCAAGGAAGCUAUAUCCUUAAACUGAGGCAAGAAAUGAGUCAAAUGACAAAUAGUUAAUUAGCUUAUAGGCUACAGCAGCUCAAUUAUCUAUCUACCAUAAGUAAUCACACAAGAACAGAAAUGAAUGCAAGUUUUGUUAGAUCCUGGUGUCAGAUUCAGCUGCAU